AUGAACCGAGCCCUGUCCAUCCGCUCCCGUAAGAAGGACGACCAUGCCAAAGAAGCCUCCAAGCACACCUUCUCCAUUUCUACCCUCCGGGGAAUGCAGCAGGCUGAGCUUUCCAAGAAGCUCUACAAGCUGAUCAAGACCGAAAACCACGCCAUCGGCGCAUACGAAACCGCUGGUCGCGAGCGCCUGUCGAUCGCCUCGCAGCUCUCUGACUGGGGCGAGUCGACCAACGACGAUGCCGUCUCGGACAUCUCGGACAAGAUUGGCGUGAUUCUCUCGGAGAUAGGAGAACAAGAGGAUCUAUUCGCGCAGAAUCUCGAGGACUACCGCGCCAUCCUCAAGCAGAUCAGAAACAUUGAGAGCAGUGUACAACCCAGCCGGGAUCAGAAGGCCAAGAUCAGCGACGAGAUCCAAAAACUCAAGUACAAAGAGCCUUCGAGUCCCAAGAUCGUCACACUAGAGCAGGAGCUGGUCCGCGCCGAGGCCCAGAAUCUCGUUGCAGAGGCGCAGCUCACCAAUAUCACCCGUCAAAAGAUCAAAGAAGCAUAUGACUUGCAUUUCGCGGCGACAAUUGAAAGAGCAGAGAAGCAGAUCAUUCUGGCCAGGUAUGGCCGUCGCCUGCUGAACCUGCUCGACGAUACUCCCGUGGUGCCGGGAGAUGUGCGCCAGCCGUUCGAGCACGUCAACGAAGCUAGGAAGGUCUUGUCUGAUGCCGAACAUGAGUUGCAGACGUGGGAACCUCACCUGGAACCAGUCCACUCCAAUGCCGGCGGACUGGCACCGAACCUGAUGCCCACGGGCGCCACCUCUGAGACUGCCAGCGCCGCCACCGAGCCAGUUGCCACCCCGACGCCGACUGAGAAGCCAGCAGCCGAAGCGCAAGGCACCCAUCUAGAGUCGGCGACCGCUUAG